UUCUUUCUCGAAGUGUCAAAAAUGAACGAAUUGUCGUUUGAAGUAAACAGUAUGGAUAUUUGCCAAUUGGAUUAUUUAUAAAAUAUGUUCAAUUUAUUAUAAUUAAAGAGUGUUUUAUUAGUGUUUAAUAAACACCGUUAAAAUGUGGCCCAUGCUCUUAAACAUGACGCGCGACGAAUGUCGCCGUACGCUUCGUAGACUUGAAUUGGAAGCCUACUCAAAUAUGAUCAGUGUGUUUAGAGCACAAGGGCCAUUGGAAGAGAAGAGAAAAAAGUUGCUUGAGGAACUGCGCGCUGUUUUGCACAUAAGCCACGAUCGGCACAGCGCUGAGGCGCGCCGCGUGUCCAAUGACGAAUUAUUAGCUACAAUAGCAGAGCAAUUGGCUGGUCCCAAUACAGGUUUAGCAUGGAUAUGCGAAGGCCGCCGUCGUGUACCACUCCUGCCUCGCGGCAUCGCCCAAACGAUGUACACAGAGAUGGCCGAUAAGGCUGCAGAAGUCACCAUAGAAAAAAAUAAGGAGCUUCAGAAAAAUUUGGAAGCUGAGAAACUUGUAGCCCCAAAGUCCAAUGAGGAAGAGUUAGCAGAUGCAGAGGGACAAACUGCUGAGAGUGCAAUCCCGUCAAAUGACACAAUGGACGAAAUUUUAUUCCCCCCUAUUGCAAUGGAGGAUCAGACUACUAAAAUAUGGGAAACAGAACUUUCUGGUCGUAAAAGAAAAAAUCCUGAAAGCGGUGCAAUCCCAGAUGAUGGCACAACACCAGUUAAAAACAUGAGAAAUAUACCUGUAAACACUAAUCAGAAACAUCUCAAUCUAUCGCAAAUAUAUUCAAAAUUCUCUCAACCUGCAACUAGUAAACCAUCGGGACAAUCAAAACAUUCAUAUAAUCAAGUAAGCAAAGUAUCCACAAGUAAAACUAUACAAACCAAUACAUCACGGCCCACACCACAUAAACACAGAGCACAUAAACAAUCUGCCAAAAAUGCAUCACACAAAGUGCAUGCGAAAAAACAAGAACUACCUGUAUCACCUAGUAAACAGUACAAUCCAACGUCAUUGCAAGUUGAAUAUUCCGGUCCACCAAAUACAUUUCAGGCCACUUACGCGCAAUCCAUUUUGGGUAACAAAAACAAAACUGACUAUAUGGACGAAAUAAAGCCGAAAGUUUUGUCAUCACCGGGUAUGGUGACUGACUCUCCUACAAUGCAGCUUCUAACGCAACCUGCGACCGUGCCCCACGAAUUGGCUGUGCCAGAAAAUGCUCACCCCGAUGAUCCCAGCACACUCCAAGCGCAAGCUACACCAACACCUAAAACAAUGAGUGGCAAACCUUGCCAUCUAAUAAUAAAGAAACGCGGAGAAGUAACUACUGACAAAAAAUUACAAAUGUCGGAGCUUAAAAUACUGCAGAAACCAGCUGAGGGGCUGAAAUUGUUGUCAAAUCGACAAGUGGUUGUGGCGACAAGUUCUGCGCAAAAAGCUUUGUCUACAUCGGGGAAACUGGUUACAACCAAGGUAAUUGGUUCUAUACCGAGAAGUCGAACGUCGACUGCUUCGACGCCAGUUUUCACAGAUAAAAUGAUCGUAGUGUCAAAACCUUCACCUGAAACUAAAAUAACCAGCUCUAAAAUAAUACUAACAUCUGGUGUCAAUACACCAGCAAAAGAAGGUACACCCAUUAGUUCAAACAACAUGUCUCCCAAAUGUACAGAAACUCUAACACCUAAAGGUAUACCUGCAACAGAUUUGAAAGUUUCUGCAAAAACUGUUGUAUUAAAUCCAAGAUCUGGACAGAAAAUGCUUGUGUUGCCAGCUAAAGCCCGAACGAAACCGGGCACAGAGGGCCAAAUGCCAUUAUUGCAUUUUAAAGGUAUCUCUACGGCCAUGAAAUUGGUACCAGUUAGUUCACAAUGUAUAACGCAAGUUACAAAGUCAACAGCAGUGACCGUUGUUUCGAAACCCACAGUUGUCAGUGCUAUGUCUUCAAAUACAAAGAUUCUUGGUAUGGAACCUAUAAAAACAGCAAAUUUGGCUGACAUAGUACCCGCAAAAGGCAUGACUCCGGUCACUACACCUAAGCUCACUAACCCAAUAGUUCGACCAACCAGCAGUAAAGGUGUAAUAGUAGUACAAAAAGGAGCAGCGAUCGGCAAGGCCUUAACAUUUACAAAAAAUGGUAAUGAUAUGUCAAAAAUAAUUAUGGGCAAGAAUGUCAACCAGUUGUUACAAGCGUCUAAAUCGGAACAAGCAGAAGCAGCCAAAUGUGCCGGCAAUGUAAUAGUACUCGAACUUAACAACGAACAAACAGGCCGCGCAACUACAAUGUCGGAAAUAUUAGAUAGCCGAGGAUCGAAUGUAGCCCGAGCUCCUGACGAAAGUAAAAAGAUAGCUACAAUAACACAGGACACACCAGUACUAUUCGAGAACCAGCUACAUGACGACACUUGCAAUCCUAGUAGUUUAGAUUCUACAACAGAAAGUAUAGGCGGCAUCGUUCCGAUAGAAGAAACCGGUCUACCUUUAAUAGAAAAGGAUGAAGAGGCUAAAUCGAGCUACACUAAGACUUCUGAAGGUGGUAAAGACUCGUCGAGUGUCACUGAUUGGGAGAUGGAAUUAGACACUGUCUCAAGGAAGCAAAAAGAUGAUGAUGAUAAACUAAAUUCAUUGCAUUUAGAUCUGGGUAUGUCUAGCGAUAGUGAAAAUGAUUAUAUGGUGGAUAGUCAUAAGCACAAAAGCAAGCAUUCAACCCAAGACAGCAUGCAACGAGCGACUCCUAGUGGGGAGAGCAGUGAAAUCUAUAGUAGUUCGAGUGGAUUAUCGCUCGCCACGCGAACGUUAUUGAGUCAACUACAAGACGAUGGCUCAUCUAGCAACGACUCAUCUUUCGCACUCAAAUCAAAACCAAUUGAGAAAAUGAAAGAAGUCGACUCGAAAAUUGAUAAAUCGGAAUCAGACGCGUUGACGAAAGCAAAAGAGAAGCUAUCGGAAAAAGUUGCCGAGGCCAAAUCACAACAGAAAAGAAUAGACAUAUAUAGUACUGCAAUCAGUACAUCGGACAUCAAUUUGGAGUCGUUCUCAUAUCUGGACGAGGGCAUGAUGGCGGGUGAUGAUGUGUUUGCUAGUGAGGAGUCAAAGGCGCGCGAGUCGCGCCGGCCAGAUCAUCUUGACGAUCAGCUCAGUACGUUACUUGGAGAAGACUCUGCCAACUCCACAGAUUCACAAACUGUAAGUGAAAGUUUGCCUUUAAGUAAGUGAGCAAUAAACUAAAUUUAAUAUGAGAAUGGUUAAAUGUUUCUUUAAAAUGUAAUGGCACUUAAAAUUAUUCAACGUAAAUGUAAUCUGAAGUGUUAAAAGUGAUGGACGGCUGUAAUCUCAAUUAUUAUAUUUGUUCUGUUCUUAGUCACACAAAGAGACAGAUAGGAAUGUACCAUACAAUAUAUUGAAAUUUAUUUGAAAAAGAGGCUUUAAGGGAAAUCAAAACUAUUGCAAUUUGUAAAUAUAUACUUGGACAAAAAAUAUUUCGGAAGUUGCAAUAAUAAAACUUUUGUCUAUAUAGUGAAUAUGUAAAAAGCUCCCUUUUUAUUUGUAUGAGCUUGGGCCCAGUCAAUGUGCACUGUGUAAUAAAAAAUCCAAUUCCAAGUAUAUUCGAAUAAAAUAUCUUUUCUUAAAAUUUAAUUUUCUUACACAAAUUUGUAUAUGAAAAUUUGUAAGUACAAUCUUCAAGAUAUGAUGGAAAUAACAAAUUGUUUUUUAAUUACUUGAAAUUAUGUUAUUUUAUUUUAGAAAUUCAUAUUCAUGUCUUUUGCAUUUCUUCUUCUUCUUAAGGUGCCAUCUCCUACAGGAGGUUAGCGAUCUUCAUGGCGAUCUUGACCUUUUCCACCGCCAUCCUGAAAAGGGAUCUGGUGCUCAUUCCGAACUAUCGACUUAAAUUUUUUAACCAUAAGACUUGGCGUCUUCCCGGUCUUUGGUGACCUUGGAUCUUCUCUAUAUGUUUUGCUUUUAUUAAUAUUAAUUUUCUUUUUCAUCUUUUUCUUUUUUUUUCAAUCUUUUUUGAUACUGUAUAUUUACUGGGCCCAAUAUGACAGAUCUCCUUUUGUAUCACAUAUUUUACAUCACAUCACAUUAGAAACCUCUAUAAUUAUUAGUGUUUCUCUACUAUAUUAUGUACGUAUUAUACAUAUAAACCUUCCUCUUGAAUCACUCUAUCUAAAAUCCGUUACGUAGUAUUAAAGAUCUAAGCAUACAUAGGGACAGACAGACGGAAAGCGACUUUGUUUUAUACUAUGUAGUGAUUACAGUAAAACAAAUUCCAUAUUAUCUUUUUAUGGGACUAUUUUUUCGUAAAAUUAUAUAGAUACAUAUUUUAUCAGAAGCAAAGUAGGUAAUUUAAAAUUUUUUUUGAUGGGUGAAAAUGGUAUGGUACCCCCGCCUGCGCUAACGGGAUUCGCUGGCGGAGCACUAAUGAAGGGUGAUCGAAGAGAAUGAAAACAGGCCAGUUAGCCCAUCAUGAUGAAUUCAUCAGGAAUUAACUACGAUAGUUUCCAGGGAGAACCGCGAGGAGGUCGACAUGGUUGGGUAUAUUGCUAGCAAUAGGAUUCUCACUCUCCAUUACUAGCAAUCCCUUUCCCCCCAAAGGUAGUUUACAAUUCGAUAUUAAAAAAAACCCUUGUUUUACCUAAGAAUUCGAGCGAAAUUGUUAUAUAAAUAACAAACAGAGCUAAUGGUUAAGAGCGUUCAUAACGAAGUAUGGUAACGUCGACAUAAUCGGCCAAUA